CCCGCCUGCCAUUUCUGAACCGAAGGGACGCCGCCGCGUACAGUCCUCGCCUUUUUUAUACACACGUUUAAGUAAAUAAACCCAUUCUCUGUCGUAAAUUGGGGCCGUUCUCUUAACGGAGCGACCGAAACCGCAGCCCCCGCUCAUCGGUGAACGCUGUUUGAGGAGUGGCUGGAACUGUAUCUGGCAUUUUAUUUCCUAUUUUAACUUUACUAAGCGGCGUUUUCCGCCGUUUUUUUUCUCUCGCCGCCCCGCUCACUCGACCCCCCCGUGUGUGAGUAGGGGCCUGCAGCGUCGGUUCGGCCACGAGGCGCGUCGGUACAGUCGGAACAGGGCGAUGGCAGAGUUCGGUAACGGACUGGCGGAGGAGUCUCUACUAGAUUCAGACCCCGGACAUCCCGAGUUGGAAGACCCGGGUGUCGGUGACGAAGAACCGGGGUUAGAAGAAGGAGAGGCCGCGAUUGAAGACCCGGAACUGGAGGCAAUCAAAGCCCGGGUGAGAGAGAUGGAGGAAGAGGCAGAGAAGCUUAAGGAGCUACAGAACGAGGUGGAGAAACAGAUGAAUCUCAGCCCGCCACCAGUUGGCCCUGUCAUCAUGUCCAUCGAGGAAAAGAUGGAAGCAGACGGCAGAUCUAUUUAUGUCGGAAACGUGGACUACGGCGCCACAGCAGAAGAGCUCGAGGCUCAUUUCCAUGGCUGCGGUUCAGUUAACAGAGUCACCAUCCUAUGUGACAAAUACACAGGGCAUCCUAAAGGAUUUGCCUACAUUGAAUUUGCAGACAAAGAGUCUGUCCGGACAGCCAUGGCUUUGGACGAGUCCCUUUUCAGAGGAAGGCAGAUAAAGGUCGGCGCCAAGAGAACAAACAGACCGGGCAUCAGCACCACAGACCGCGGCUUCCCACGGGCCCGAUUCCGGUCACGGGGAGGAAGCUUCUCAUCACGUGCGCGCUACUACAGCGGCUACACGCCACCCAGAGGCAGAGGACGGGCCUUCAGGUUUCAGGACCAGUGGAGGCUGACGACCCCUCCCCAGGUGGCACCGGCCCCCCCCACUGUCUCCGCAGCGUCUCUCUCUCUCUCUGCUCCCGCUAUGCACACUCACCCCAUCCUGUCCGUGUGGGGGGGCGGGGGAGGGGGGCAAGGCGACCACAGGCCCGCCGCGGGGGGCAUUUACUACAACAGCAAACGCUGACGACGCUUUUAGUCCUUUUACGCACCCGACACCGACACGACACGACACACAGCGACACACACACCUGUUAACCACACAAACGCAGCAGUACAGACGGCAGCCAAACACACACAUUUCCACACUGAGCCGGAGCCAGCAGACGAAGCGGCAGGCAGGCAAGUUCGCGUGAGAGUGAGGAAGGCAGGACCAGAGACGGGGGUGUUGGCUUUUCUUUACUCUUUUGUUUUUUUUUUUUUUUUUUUUUUUUUGUUUGUUUGUUUGUUAGGUUUUUUUUUUUUUUUUUUUUUUUUUUUUUUUUUGAGGGUGUACAGCGCGGACCUUAAUGGCGCCCCCUUUCUCUGACAGGAAGCCAGGGGAGCUAACGGCAUCGAUUAAUUUAAUAAAGUGGGCGGAGCUGUUAUUACAGGGCGGGCGGUGGGGCGGUGUGUGGGGGGGGGG